AUGCAGACUUCCGCCGUUAUUGCUCUUGCCCUCGCCUCUUCUGUCGUUAUGGCUUCUAACAAGACUACCAACUCUACUGGCAACACCACUGCCACUGCCACUGCUUCCGCUCCUGCCACCACCAACGGUGCCGCCAUUCUUACCAACGGUGGUCUCCUCGGUGCUGCUCUUGUUGGCGAUUUUUAUAUGAAAUCUUUAAUGUUUAAUUGA